UUCAACCAACCCUCGCUUUUCACUUUUUUGGCCAAACUAUACACUCAGUCGCGGCAGUCGUACAGUUGAGUCCGGCGCCGAAGACUCAAACACAGAGAGGGAGAGAGAGACACACACACAAGAAGAGAUGGGAAAUCCGAAGCAAAAAUGGACGUCGGAGGAAGAAGAGGCGCUCCGUGCCGGCGUCAGAAAGCACGGCACCGGAAAGUGGAAGGACAUCCAGAAAGACCCUGAGUUCAACACCUUCCUCUCUUCUCGCUCCAAUAUUGAUCUCAAGGACAAAUGGCGGAAUAUGUCUGUUAGUGGCGGUGCUGGAGUGCCUAGAGAAAAAGCAAAGAUGAGACCGAGAGAUACUCCUGUUACACUUUUCUCCAACCCCACCCCGCAGACAUCUGCAGCUGCUCCUGUUAAACGUGAGCCGGCUGCAGCUAUUCUCAAACGUGAGUCGUCAGCAGCUCCUGUCAAACGCAAGAUUGUCAAAGGCGAGCCGGCAGAUGAUUCUCCAACAGAAGCAAAAACUGAAGCAAAAACAUCUAAAGUGUACGAUGCACUGAUUUUUGAAGCACUAGAAAGUUCAACAAAUCCAAAUGGAUUGGAGACUGGUGCUAUUGCUAACUUUAUUGAGCAAAGGUAUAUUUUGGAGAAAAAGAAUGAGGUGCCCCAAAAUUUUAGAAGGUCAUUGAGCUCAAAAUUAAGACAGCUGGUUUCACAAGAAAAAAUUGAAAAGUUUCAAAAUGGCUUUAAGAUAAAAAGUGACUCGUCAGGCCAGACAAAAGCAUCACUGCCCCCGAAACAUAAGGAUCCACCACCAGCCCCAAACGCCCCAAAACAGAAUGACACAACACUGGCCUUAAAACAGAAUGAUGUUCAACCCACGCAAUUGCAGAGUCCUGCUGAUGUAAUUCCUUAUGAAACAGUUGAGGAAGCAGCAGUGGCUGCUGCCUACAAGAUUGCUGAUGCCGAAAACAAAUCAUUUGUGGCUGCGGAAGCAGUGAAAGAGUCGGAGAGGGUUUCACAGAUGUUCGAAGACACAAAUUCAGUGCUCCAGUUGGCAGACGAGUUCCUUAAAAAAUGUUUGCAAGGUGAAGUUCUUCUGAUCGGGUAACAUCUGAAUGGAUAUGCCAUCCAAUUAGAAAAUGACGCCUGUGAUUAGAGUAUUUGUAAAGUUUGUGAUAGUUUCAUUUGCUCCUGAGGUACAAUUGAGCAAAUACUUUUGCUGCCAUUUUUCUAUUAAGGAUAAUGAUAUGGAAAUUACUACUGAUUGAUCUGUCUGUCAGCAUGGA